UUGGCUUUUGAGAUUAUCUUGUUAAAAUGGCGGACGAAGAUGCGGAUGACGCCACUGUUGGGUUUCUUUACAAAACUAUGUUGAACAGAGACCCCAGGAAAAGGAGAGUGAAGCCAGUAUCCAAACAUAUGAUCCAACUAGACUUUGGUUUGGAGGAUAGUUCAGAUGACAGUGAUUACCAAGUAAAGCAAGGUUCAGAUGACGAUGAUGUGGAUGAUGACUUUGAUGAUGAUGAAGACAGUGAUGGUGAUGGUGUUGAUGACAAUACAGACAAAAGUGGAUCAGACAAUGAGAGCGUUGAUGAGAAGAGUGACAUAGAGAAGGAGAUAACCUUUGACAACAUUGGGAGUGAUGAUAGUGAUGAUGAAGACUAUAUACCAGAUGAUGCAGUGUCCAUGGAAGAUGUAGACAAAAGCAGAGAAAAGCGGGAAAAGUUGCAGGCAGAAUCCAAGGCCUCUGUUCUGUCAGUAGAUGGUUCAACAGGAACACCUGCCAGGUUUAAAGUUCUCAUAUGUUGCGUAUGUCAAGGUGAAGACAGUGAGGAGUCUGAUGAGAUAGUGGAGUGUGAUGGUUGUGGUAUUACAGUACAUGAAGGUUGCUAUGGUGUCUGUGAGUCCACAUCUGUAGCAAGCACUGAGUCCUCAGCUAGCACUGAACCCUGGUUUUGUGACGCUUGUAAGGCAGGAGUCAAGCCAAACUGCGAGCUCUGCCCCAACACUAGCGGAAUAUUCAAAGAGACGGAUGCUGGAAGGUGGGUCCACCUGGUGUGUGCCCUCUAUAUUCCUGGUAUAGCAUUUGCUGAUGUUGAUCAGCUCUCCUCCGUGACACUAUUUGAGAUGCCAUAUGCUAGAUGGGGUGCAAGGGAAUGCAGUCUUUGUGAAGAUUCGCGAUUUAGUCGCACUGGGGUGUGUAUCAGCUGUGACGCAGGCAUGUGUAGGAGCUACUUUCAUGUCACAUGUGCUCAGAGGGAAGGCCUCCUCUCAGAGGCUUCCCCAGAUGAAGAGAUUGCUGACCCAUUCUUUGCCCAUUGUAAACAGCAUGCUGAUAAACUAACUACACGCAGGAAAAGACGCAAUUUUCUUGCCAUUCAAUCACGUAUGAAACAGCAUACGGAGACAGAGAUCGAAGAUGAAAAAGAAAAUUUACGUGUCCACCGAAAGCUUCAUCGCCAUCGACAAAAAUAUUUGAUAUCUCGGGCCAAACGGCCGCCGUCUUGGGGUAAGGCCCGCAACGGAAAACCAAUUCCUGAUGAGAAACAACCUAGACUUCUAACAACGUGCCCAGCUGCAGUGCGUCGGUUACUCCAUAAGGCAGAACUCAUGGGAAUCUCUACACAGGCAGUGGAUCACAUGACUAACAAGUCAGAUCUGAGGAAGAAAGGAGGACAGAUUCAACCAGCAAUGUCUGUGGAGUUUGUUGCUUACUUUCUAGAUCGCAAUAACAGAAUUGCUAACAUGAAGAAACAUUCAAAAGAGUUGCUGGCUCAGAACCGAGCCUUAACAGUGAAAGAAAAAAUCCUCAGGCAGAAAUAUGAAAAGUUAUGUGACACAAAUGAAAAUCUAAAGUGUGUUGGUAUUCCUCUAAGAAACAAAGCAGAGCAGUUACAUAAACACCUAUGUGCAAUAUCUGGAAAGCAAUUAGCUCUCCCUGAAAUCCUAAAGGUGAAGAAACCUGUGAGACCCCCAACCACAACUCAGACCAAAGAUACCCCCAGGUCUCCCCCUGCAGUUAUACACAAAUGUGGACGAUGUGGCAAGACUCAUGACCAGCACCUACUUGCAAAGUGUGACAACUGCAGACUCUACUUCCAUCUAGGUUGCCUUGACCCACCACUUACUAGAAUGCCCAAGAAAACAAGACUAAUGGGCUGGCAGUGUUCAGAGUGCACCAGGAGCAGUAGUGAGGACUCUGAAGAGGAGAGGAUAGACACAGAGGCCCCUAGGAAACUUCGAGAGAAGGGACAAUUAAAACAGCCAAAGAAAUACAGCCACCUAGAAGACCAGAAUUUUGUAGCAUUUCAUAAAGAAAAGCCACAAAUGGUUGGUGUAGCCAAAUCCAAGAAAAAGCUACCUUUCAAGAGGCCAGUCCCUACAUCAACUGAGUCGAAGUCUAGGGUUCCCCUACCUGGACACCCUGCACUUACAAAACCAUCACCAGUAAAUCCUAUAAAGAAAGUGAAAGCUUGGGUGCAACCACCUACUGAACAACCUCAGCUGAAGAAACAGAAGCUGGAAGAGGACUUUUAUGAGCCUGUUGUCAUAACCACAGAGCUGAGCAAUGCUCUUGUAUUAGAGGACCAUUACAAACAGCCCCCUGCCUCUAGGUCUAAGGUAUUUGAGGAUUACCAUAGGCCACCUGAGGCUGCCCAGAGACCCAAGGUAGAGGAACUUUCCAGGCCAGUUCCAAGGCCCAAGGUUGUGAAGCCUAAAGUCCAAAGAGGUCCAGUAGAAGUGACUUGUGUCACAUGUGCUAUGCCUGGCACAACUAAAACAUGUGUCAAGUGUGACGAAUGCCGCAAGUAUUACCACUUUCAAUGUCUGGACCCACCAUCUAGGCGCACCCCCAAACAACAUGGCUAUGCGUGGCAUUGUGCCGCCUGUGACCUCACAAGCUCUGACUCCUCUAAUGACAAUAAAACACCAAGUCCAUUGAAAGGAAAACCAAAACUUCAGUCUCAUGCACACAAUGACAGCGAAGGUGAGAUUCUAGUCACGAAUGUUGUACCACCAGUUCAGAAAUCCAGUGUCGAAAAGGAUCCAAACUUUAUCCGGAAAAGACCAAGAUGGAAAAACACACGGUGCUCACUCCAUAACAAAAAGAAAAUCAGUCCCAAAGGAAAUAUGGGUCCUGUUACAAAAAGGCUGAAUUUGACAAUGAAAAAUAAUCUAAGUUUGGCAACAACACAAGAAAUUAAAAGCAUGGUAGCUACAGGUAUUGAAGAUUUAAAACAAUCUACACCACCAAAACAGGGAAUAUCAUUGAAUGGGAAUCAGUCUGUUCAGCAAGAUGCACCUUCAUGCAUCAUAGAUAUGACUAAAGGACUACACUUACCAAAUAACAAAUCAAAAAGGACACUGGUUGAAAACACUAUAGAGAAAAUCAAAUCAAAAACAUCUAAGACUUACAUCAAAAUGACUAGUGCACCUAGACCUCGGAUAAUAACUCCUGCUAUGAAGAAAGAAAUAGCUAGAAAACAAGCAGCUUUUACAGCAAGCAGGAAAUCAAUUACUGAAGCCCCUCAAGGUGAAACCUUGAAUAAAGACCCUAAUAUUAAAAACAUCACCAACAAAGUUGAAACUCCACAGAAUGAAACUGAUGGACAUGAAACUAAAGUAUCAGUUGUCAAAGAUGUAAAACCAGAAAGUGAGAUUUCAGAUACUGUCAAAUUAGAAUCUCAAAACAUUCAGGAAAAUUGCACUAAAAGGGGCAAAUCUGAAGAAAAUGUAUCUUGUAUAAUGAAGUCAUCAGGUAAUAAGGACAUUAAGGAAAUCGAUAGAGAAGCUGAGUCAAAUACACAUGACACUGAUAGAUCUGAUAAACAUAGUGAGCUUAGUGCAGUAGACCUAAAGACUGAUAUAUUGGAGCAGUCAGAAAAACAGCAAAACUCCACAAAAUCACUUUCAAAUGAAAACACUGAUCAUGAUACUAAACCAAACAUUGAAACAAAUGAAUCAGAAAUCCAAUCCAAAAAUAUUAAAGAUAAUCAUAUAAAUGGUGAAUAUGACUCUGAGAAACACGAUGAAAAGGACAACAAAGAUGUUACUGAUCAGGAUAACAGUCUAGAAUCAAUGGAAGAUAGUGACAUGUCACAACCUUUGGAUCUCUCAGCACAUAGCAAAUCUAAACAUGUAACUGCAAAGUCUAACAUUGAAGCUUAUUCAGACUCAGUAGAUGAAAAUGAGGAGAGGCCUAUGAAACCAGGUGCUAUUAAAGACAAACUAGAAAUCACAAAUCAACUUGAGAAUAAAGCUGAUGUUGCUGAUGGUAAAGUUGGGAUGAAGAAGCCCAUCUUAGAUACUGAUGUACACAGAGAGGAAAGUAAAGAAAAUGAGACAGUUGAACAUUAAAGUAGAGGCACAUGACAAAAUUCUUAUAUAGAAGAUUAGUUGUACAGUAUUGCAAAAUGUAAUUCAGAAACCAUUUUUAGGCAUUGACAAUUUUUUGUCUUAAAAAUUCUCAAAAUGUGAUUUUCAUUGGAUGGAUUUUCAUAGAUACUUAAGACUGUUCAUCAUGACAGCAGUAGCAUUCUUUUUUAUGUCACCACCAGAAGGGGAUGUGUGUAACAAAUGGUAGGUGAUGACAUUUUGCAUGUGAAUGCCUUGUUCCAUUUCUACACUUUCCACCUUGCUAGUGUUCAAAGGAUAGGGGUGUAGCCAGGCUUGAAUCAUGAGACUAUUUUCUGAAUAAUAGAGUGGAAAUAAGUCCAAUGGAAGGAUUUAUUAUCCCAACAAACGAAGUUCAGUAGGGAUAUAGUGAAGCUGUCCAUCCGUCUGUCCGUCAGUCAGUCAGUCCGUCCUUUCAUCUGUCCGGAAGAUAACUUGAAUACUAGUUGACAGAUUUUCUUCAUAUUUGGUGGAAAGAUGUAUAUUGGUGAAAAACAUUUUCAAGAUGGCCGCCGGUUUAAAAAUGGCGGGAAUUUUUGUAAAAAUCUUA